AUGUUAAUUUCUAGAUUCAACACUCUUGAAGAGAUGGUAUUUCCUUUUGUUCCAGACAAUGAUUCCGGAAGUGUGGACUUUCAGCUAAGCAGAUUGGAGGGGAUUAAGAAAGAUGCAAGUUCAAUUGAUUUCACAGACUCAGACAUUGAACUCCCUGGAACUUCUAGAAAAACUGUUGCAGAAGAUGUCACACCUUUGCUAAUUGAAGGGCCUCCAGGUUUGAUUGUAGUAGAAAACCUGACAGAAUCUGUUCAGGACUUCCUUAAUGGUGAUCGGAAGGGUGAUGCUGAAAAGCUGACAUUCUUGCGAUGUUUGUCUUCUCUCAGCCAAACUUCACCCUAUGAUGAAACCGCUGAAUCAUUCAUUCAUGAUCACUUAGAACAAAUUGUGAAUGCGAUAAAUAUGAUCAUUCAACAGGAACCCUUCCACUCUCUCUUCACUCCUGUGCGCCAGGAAGUCUUCAUAGCCAUCACUGACCUGAGUUCCCAGGAAAUCAAUUUACUGUUUGGGUCCAAAGAGAAACUUGAUUUAUUCAGUAAUCUCCUUAAAAGUAUAAUAACUCUGCCCUCCACAAAGAUUUUAAAUAUUCUUCAAGCAGUCAUGCCAACUGGACAAUACAACACAGAGUCUCUCUACAGGCAGACAUUUCAGGCAUUCUGUGAAAUGCUUCAAUGUUUGGUGCUACAAGACCCACAUUUAGAAAAUCUUGAUCAAAUUUUGGAGUACAUGGAGCCAUGGUUACAGUCAGCAAAAGACCAAGAACGUGAGAGAGCUGCAGCCAGCAUGGCUCAAAUGCUGAGAUCCUUAUCCAGACAUGCCAACUUGCAACCUCCUCUGCAUUUUCAAAACCUAGGGAAACUGGUGGCUCUAAUGGCCUUGCUUUGUGGGGACCCAGUGGAGGAGGUGAUGCAAGAGGCUUCAGAGGGCACCCACCAUCUGCUUCGCAUCACCCUGAGGAUCAAGUGUCUCACUAAUGAUAAGAAGGGUCAUCAGAACUUUAAGGGAGCCGUGAAGAAAUGUAAGGAGCUCUUAGAAAUCUACGACAUCAGACAGUUCUACAGCAACCCUUUCAAAAUUGCUCAGGUCUUUGAAGUUUUUCUCAAUCCAAAUGAACUUUCCCAAUAUAUAAUAACUACCUUGGAUGGACUGAAAAAUCUAAAACAUCCUCGUAUCCAACAAUCAGCAGGGAUAUUGCUGGUGACAAUGGUUCAAUGUGCUGAAACACGAUUUGAAAAGGUAUCAGACAUCAUCAGAGCAAUUUGUGGCCGACUGCCCAACAUCAGUCAGCCUAUUGCUCGUCAGCAUGCUAUGAGCCUUGUGAGCCUGUUCAUUUCUAAGCCCACAUAUACGGAUAUAGUGCUUGACCAUCUUUUGCUUCAUCCGAUUCCAUUUGACAGGCAUUUGGCUGAGUUGUGGAGGACUCUCGAUGUCGACUUGCCCAACACUACUUGGAUUCUGUGGAGACUGCUGCGGAAGCUACAGAAAUGUCACAGUACGGUUGAAGACAAGAUGGCAUUUAUAGCUGUGGCGGCCACUGAUGCUCUUUAUGAGAUAUUUGUGGGAAAUAAGCUCCAAGCAGCAACGUAUCGACUUUUCCCUCAACUCCUCAUGACCCUCCUUAUUCAGAUGCAUCAUAGCAUUGGCCUUAAGAUGUCAGAUGUCUUUGUCCCAAAUGGGAUGUACAUUGAGGAAGAAUUGGUUACCACUUGUACUCCUUUGAGCUUUUCUAUACAAGCUACCAAGGCCCUCCUUCUAAGAACAACAUGUUGGUUUGAAUUUUAUACCAUGGAAAAGAAAAAAGGAUGGAACCUACUGGAAUUAGAAAGUGAACAUAUUCAAGGAGUAUCUCUUCUUGCCAAUGUUUUAUUGGAAAAGCAUGCUGUCCUUGCUCAAAGGACCUUAUACUUGCUAAUCCCUUUACUUAAUCGAGGGAAUGAGAAACAUAGACUUACAUCUGCAGCCUUCUUUGUUGAGCUUCUUCGGAGUCCAUUGGCCAGGAGAAUUCCUAAGAGAUACACCAUUGUUCGGUUAGAGGAAUGGCUACAUCAUGAAAAUUACCAAUUCAGAGUUCUCAGCCUGAAAGGAAUGGACAACCUUCUCUGUUAUCAUCAAGGAAUGGAGGAAAUCCAGGACAUGAUACCAGCCAUCAUAAGCAAUUUAAGUGAAGCAAAUGAAAGGAUUGUUUUAUUAUCCAUCAAUGUACUCCGAGAUCUCCUUAAUACCAUGGACUUUACAACACUCAAGGACACCAUGCAUGCCCUGUUCUCCCUAUUUAGUGAUGUUAGACCAAGAAUUCAUCUUUUGGCUGUGAACCUCUUUGGAGACUCCAUUAAGAUGGUGAAAAGCAAGGAUAAGAAAAAAAUAGAGGGCCAAAUUCUAGAGAGUUUGAUUCCAUUACUUCUCCAUUUGCAGGAUGAAGAUGAUGAUAUAGCUAAGGAGAGCAGUAGGGUUCUUAGUAUAAUUUGCCAUUUCUUAAAGUGGAGGAUUCCACGAGAAGUGUACCAUAAAGAUCCUUGGCAUGGCCGUUCUGGAAUAGAAGCGAUCUGUAAAUUCUUUGAACAGAAGUGUAGGGGUAAAUGUAAUAUGUUGGUACAGGCCGUAAAGUAUAUCCAAAGUGAUCAAGUCAAUUUAAGAAGGGAAGCAAUAUUUGUAACAGGGGCCUUGGCAAAGUUCAUGGACUACAAUGAACUCCGGACAAAGGGGACUGAAUGGUUAGAGGAAAUUCUGAGACCUCAGCUGUAUGAUCCUGAGCCUUCUGUGCGUAUCAUUGCAGCCCAAGCUCUUAUCAGAGUCCAAAGAGCAGUUCUUAUACAACCAGAGCCCACACCUGUACUCUUGUUGAAUUUAACAAUCAGCCUUGGAGCUAUCUCCAGCACAACCCUAGAGCUGGACCCCGAUAUCGGGGGAAUCAAGAGAGUGGAAAGAACUCGGCUAAAGCGACCUCAGCUCCAGAGCUUGGCUCCUCAGGCACCUCGCAACCUCAACAUUCCGCACCCCGCCUCUGACCGCCAUGACAGGAUGCGGACUACAACUCCCAGCAUCUUGAAACCCUCUUCCCUGCAACGUUCGGCCGCGGCAGAAGGAGAGAAGCCAAGGAUCUGGGUUGGCUCUCGAGAGAAGGGACAAGGAAGACAGGACCCCGUUCCGCAAGGCUCCACCCUUUUCCGGGACAGUUUUCGCGCGCUUUGGCGAGGGGGAUUGUGGGGGAGCUGUGGUCCCAGGAGCCCGAGACAGAAGCGGGCGGCGUAG